AUGGAUUUUCUGGAGGAUGAUGAAUUGGAUUUGGAACUUCCCACAGCUCCUGAAAUUACUAGGGAUCUAUUUGCUGAGGGAGCUGAGAAAUACGUUGAGAAUAAAUCGAACAGAAAGAAAUCAUUAGUCAUAGAUGAAUUUCUGGUAAGUAACAACUUUCACUACAUUCCUCUAGACUCUCUGAUAAGAGAUAUGUCCACGCUAUCCGAUGAAGUAGUCCAUACCCUAUUAGAUCAAGUUACCACCGAUUAUAACGAUUAUUUGGAAUUUUGUCGAGUUUACAGCAAAGAGGAAGGCGGUGUGGAUAACCAGUCAUUCUCUGAACUAGAGCAAACAAUGAAUGAAUUGAAUAAAUUUAUGUCUCAAUUAAACCAAUUGACCACAAAUGAUAUUCCUCAAACAAGUGAAGUUGUUUCCGAUACGGUUGAUUACUUAAGGAAAUUAGAUCACAUUCUUGAUCUCCUAAAUAACCAUACUCAGCUCUCAGAAAUGAUAUCAUUGGGUAAAAAACUAAGUAAAUUGUUGCAUCAAAUGUGUGGGCAAGAUCCAUUGGAAGAGCUACUGUGUACCGAAUUAACCAACCAAUUAUACAACCUAGUGGAUAAGUCCCAUCUGCUACUUGACUCUGUGGCGUCAUUAAACUCCACAUAUGUUCACCAUUUACGAAAUGAGUACCAAGGUUUAUUGCAGGAGUUUCAGAUAUCUUUGAAGAUCCUGACUGAUAAAUGCUUGGAAGAUCCAUCAAAAUCACCUCAAUUAUCGGCAUUGUUAGUGUCAAUACUUAAAGAUAACAAACUCAAAUAA